GUCAGUUGCUGACAAAGGAGAAAUUUUCUAUUUCCCGAAACCUUUUAAUUUGCAAAACCAAAUCUUAUUCAGUCAACGCUUGUGUUGAUGUGUAUUCUGUUAAAAGUGUUGUCUCGCCCAGUAUGUAAGAAUACAAUUCAACCUUUCGGCGUACACUCUCCCAAGAUGAGUCAAAUUGACAGUUUUCGUGAGCAACACAUGUGCUUUGUACCCUACAUAGACGAAGAAAUCUUGCAAAGCAUUUCAGCGACACUAAACAGCAUCAACCGACCGAGGAAGCCCUCCAAGCGUAACGUGGGAGUGACUACUGGGAGUAGGAGUACAUCAGCCAGCUCUAAAGCGCAUUCUUGGAGGAGUUUUAGUAGAUCGAAUUCAGCUAGAUCAGUGCCAGUUUCUUUGCAAGUCAACCUAAGUACAGCUACUAUAUCCGAGGGGACUUUAAGUAGGUGUAACAGUAACCAAAGUGCCAGCAUGAAUUCUGAUUGUUCAGUAUAUUUAGCAAAAGACCGACGGAGAAUUAUUCAUCCAAGUUUCGGUUCCAGGUUCCUUGAUUGUCUGUCAGAAUGUUUCUGGAAAUGCAGUGCAGGAUGUCAAGAGAUACCUACGGAUAGUCAUUAGUCUACCAAGUAGAUCACCUGAGUUUGUUGAGUUGUGUUCUUUAAUGGGGUUUACAUUAAAAGCUAAAUAAAACCAAAAUAUUAUGAUAUGGAUA